AUGGUUCGAAGCUCAUCCGAUGCAAAACCGAAAGGCUCUGGUUCUGCGUGUGGGGCCAGCACAAGAGGCACGGCCUGGGGCACAGGCACGGCUGGGUCAGUGGUGUUUUGCUUCGGCGCAACCAUCCUGGCACAAUCUGAUGGCACUGGCACCUCUGGAAGUUUUGGCGGUGGUUUUGGCAGUGGCUUCGUCAGCAGCUUCGGCAGCAGCUUUGGCCAGAGCGGCAGCAACGCGGGUGCUUUCACCUUCUGCUUCGGAAGCCAAGCAGUUACCUCUGGAAACGCCUCAGAUUCUGCUGAUGCCAGCACCGCGACGAAGGAGUUGGAAGAGCUGCCGGACUUCACUACGACCGGAAAGGUACCAGUUGGAGACAUUUUUGUCCAUGGAAGUGGCGAAUGCGAUCAGCUAGGUUUGGGCGAUGAUUCUGUUAUGCGAGAGCGCGCGAAGCCAGCGCUCUCGAAAUCCCGAGUCGGGGAAAGCAUCUGCGAACAUGCAGUCGGCGCAGUGCAGGUUCUUGGCCUUUCUGAAAGGGGAGCCGUGUCCAGCUUGGUUUGCAACGACGAGGGGGCCUCGGGCAGAGCUCCUUCCGAUGGUUUGGACCGAAUCCCUCCGCAUGUGGAGCCACAUCCGGUAACGAUGCCAAGUGGAGGCGCAGUUCGUCAUGUUUCGUGUGGAGGCUGUCACAGCUGUGCCUUGGAUGAGAAGCGUCGGGUCUGGUUCUGCGGAACGUACAAGGGUAUUUCCAAGCAGGAAACGGAAAACGAAGGUGGACUAUUCCACUUCGUCGUGCACCCUGUAUCAGCUAAUGAUGACCGCGGGCCAGAGGACGGACGUUGCGAUGGAGUGAAGGUCUGUUCGUCCGCAUGGGUCACCUGGCUUGGUCCGGGCUGUAAUCCAUCCGGUUUUGCUUCAACUGAUGAACGACCAGCCGGAACGAACCGAGCCUACGAUGCUGCCUUGUGCAGGAACAAAAGACUUCCGCUCAGCUUUCUUGGGGUGUCCUUUCGGGCGAUUCCUGUCGAUGGGGUUCUAGGUCUAGGUUGA